UUCACUGUUGGCCUCCUCGGUGUCCAGCGGAGGUGCAGCGUUAAUUUAACCUGCGAAAACGAGCAAUAUUAACAGGUUUCUCCUCAUAGAAGAGAUGUCUGCAGCUUCUUAUUAACGUGUUCCUGACACGGACUCACGGUGAUGCUGCUCACCUCACAGAAACCGCCUGCUUCAGGCUGAGUGUUCGGCAUGACAAGAAUGAAGACAAAUCUGCAACGAGUAUCGACACCUCUUUCAAAAGUCGGCAUCUCAUUACCUUGCUAUCAAGAUUUCCCGUACAGAUUUUCAAAUGAAAAUGGAGGAUAUGCCCCUGUCAGGCCCAGACAACACCAGGCUGGAGGCCUUGGUCCAUGACAUCUACUCUGAGCUGGUGGAAGAUGCCUGUUUGGGCCUGUGCUUCGAGGUUCACCGCGCUGUGAAACAGGGCUCCUUCUUCUUGGAUGAAACAGACCAAGAGAGCAUGAAAGAGUUUGAAAUUGUGGAUCAGCCAGGUGUGGACAUAUUUGGCCAGGUGUACAAUCAGUGGAAAAACAAGGAGUGCGAGUGCCCGAACUGCAAGCGAUUGAUAGCGGCUUCUCGCUUCGCCCCACACUUGGAGAAAUGUCUCGGCAUGGGCCGCAACAGCAGUCGCAUCGCCAACCGCAGGCUAGCCACCAAUAAUAACAUGAGCAAAUCAGAGAGCGAUCAGGAGGACAACGAUGACCUCAACGACAACGACUGGUCGUAUGGGGCAGAAAAAAAGGCCAAGAAGAGAAAGUCAGAUAAGAAUCAAAAUUCUCCGAGAAGAUCCAAGUCUCUAAAACAUAAAAAUGGUGAACUCGGGGGCAGCGUCAGCUCGGAGCCUUACAAGUACAACUAUAAUACUGGCAUCAGUUAUGAAACUUUAGGCCCCGAUGAAGUCAGAUCCCUUUUAACAACGCAAUGUGGGGUGAUCUCUGAGCACACCAAGAAGAUGUGUACCAGGUCUCAGCGAUGUCCCCAGCACACGGACGAACAGAGGAGGGCCGUCAGGGUGUUCCUCCUGGGGCCGUCCGCGCCGUCCCUGCCUGAUGCAGACGCUGUGGUGGAGAGCGACAGCUUUGACAUUCCAGAUGGACAGACCCUGAUGAGCCGCCUGCAGUGGGAAGACUCUCCUGAUAUUUCACCCGCUGACUCGGCCUCAUCCAAAGCCAGCACCAACCAUUCCGAUUCCAGGAGGCCCAAGAAAAAGAAGAUGCAGUCUCUCGGUUUGAACAGUGGAGGAGGAGGUAUAGGAGGAAUAGGAGGAAUAGGAGGAAGUCUGUCUGGAGGCAGCAGCAGCUCUCAGAGUAACAUCAGCUUAUUGACCAAAAAAAAGAGGCCCAAACUCUCAGCACCUUCUAUUACCAGUAUCUAUGAUGACUUAAACUAGCAUGAGCCCUCCUCUGUUAAGCUCCUCCAUUCAAACAUAAAUGUACCGGCCUGGACAGGAUGGGAUGAAACUUGAUGUACAUUUAAAAUUUAAUGAACUCUUCUGUAGUAUGAACACAAUGUUUAAAAAAAAAAAAAAAAAUGUGGCUUGUUGGGAAUAUUCCUUCGUAAAGCAGACCUAGUUUCUAAAUUAAUGGAAGGCCUCCAGCUGUGAAUCAGACAGCUGGUAAAGUCACCAUAUAUGCCUUCAUAUUGUCCAGGCAGGUAUUUGAGUUUAAGAUGUUCCACUAUAUGGCCUAAAGGUAUGUGGACACCUGGACGUUACAGUUUCAGUUCAUCUCGAAGGGGUCGAGGUCAGGGCUCAGUGCAGCCAAGAUCCUCCAAAACUAAACUGUGUGCGCAGAGGAGUCGUCAUGUUGAAACCAUGAGGACCUCCACAAACUGUUGGAAGCGCUACAGAUAGAAUAUCAUUGUCUGCUGUAGAGUUACAUCUUCCUUAAUUUGGACCAAACAGCCACAGGGGGGGGUCCGUGCACUUUGGGCUUUUCAAACCUACUAAUUACAAUGGAGGUGCACAAUAUAAUAGGAAUAUCAUUCAUUUUAUUUUCUAGUGGGGGGGAAAAAAGGCAUUUUGACAUGAAAAUUGCAGGUGUAAUUAAUAUGAUUAAGGGCUGCACUCCAUUUAGCUUUCCUGAUUUCGGGGCCUUGCCAUUGUGCAUACUGACAGGGUUUACAUAGUUAAUCGCACCUGUGCUUUUCCUGUCUUUAGUCGUCCACUUCUCUGGAUUUUUGUACAAAAUGUCCCUAAACAUCUAAAUUCCUGAUGACCUUGUUUUCUUUAACUGCUUAUUUAAAGUUUAAGACCUUUUAUUAUCUGUAGUCGGUCAGAAAAGGUUCCAUGUUGGCCCCAAAAACCUUUUCCUCAAAGCAUGAAAAGUCUUAAAUGUGGCUUUGUGAAACCUUCAGGUGUCAUUGUUGGCGGUCCUGAGACCUGUCCCUCUUCAUUUAACUCAGUUUAGAGGAGACGUGUUGACUUCAACUGCUUUUAACACUUGACACACGUAGACAGGAGGAAACAUCGGUGGCUUUGCAAUUAUAGCAUUGUAUUGCACAGUUUGUGUGUGUGUGUGUGUGUGUGUGUGUGGGUGCCGACUUUGAUUCAGUGUGAAUGUCAAUUUUUUUUGCAUAGUGUUUGUUUGUGUAGUUAUAGAGUGUCUGUGUGUGAGAUCAGUUAUAUUUUCAUAAAACUAUGCAUCCUAGAAUGUGACAUUCUCGUGAAAGUAUGCGUGCCAUUUAAGAUAUUUCACUUCUUUUGUUGACAACAAUCUAUUUAAGUUUUUACUUGUCACUGCUUAUAAAGUGGUGUGUGCAUAUUACUUGUGUGUAAAUGCAGAUUUUGAUAUUAGAUGAGCCAGUGGGCUUGGGGCACAUGUACAGUACAUGUAUGUAUGACGCGUGAGAUGGAAACGUAAUCAUGAAUCCAACAUAACUUUCUUUCCUCGGUACAAAACUUGUGUAUUUUCACUUACUUUCUGCUCGUAGAUCAGUGCUGCCGAUCUGCUCGUCAUUCAUGAUCAUGAGCGAUCCUAAAUAUUGUCUUCUGUAACGGUGGUGAGAUGUAUUUACAUGCUUUAAGCGUCACUAAUCCUUGAUGUCUCGAGUGAAGCUUUUUUUUUUUUUUUUUUUUUCUUCUUUUCAAACCUAAAUACUUUACAGUUUCAGAUAUUAAUGUAGAGUUGAGUACAAGCAUGACGUAUUUUGUUUUAAUACAUCAGGACAUCAUCGCUGUGAAACGUAGGGACUGUAUGAAAAUUAUGAAGGGGAGGAAGAUUUAAGAAAAGGAGGCGGGUUUACGCUGUAUCAAGGUAUCGACUUUAAUUGGUUAGCAGGACUAAUAAAUCAGUUUUUCCACCCAUUUGGUGGCUGAGAGAACGACUUGAAUAUUUGCUUUGUUUUUUUAAUAUUUGAUUUCUAGGUAUUGGGGGAAGAAGGGUGUCCCUUAUUAUUCUAAGUCAAGGGGAGGGUUCAAAGAAAAAUAAUAAUGGCCAAGGAAAUAUAAAGAUUCAACCUCCCUCCCCCCCCUCAAAUAGUUUGUGUACAGUCCCUAAAGUCAAGUGCAAUCAGUUGCUUCUCUCACUGAACGUGACAAUCUUGUCAAAUCCUGAUUUAUUUUCCAGUACAGUGAACUUCCAAAACAUCUGUUUCUGUGAAGGUCUGUGGUGACUUUGACCGUGCCCUUUUAAAUCUUCUCCAGUAGUCUUGUGACGUGCACUAACGAUAAAUAAACUGUUGUUGAGAUACUUUGGUAGGUGGGACUUAGAUUCUUGAACCACUUUUCAUGGAUGAAGCUGACGGCUGAUGUUCUCUUUUGUGUAUUUGUGUGCGGUACGAGUGCAAUAACCAAGAACGCGAUGUUGUGACUUUCCAAUAUUUUGUUCCUGCACAAGCACAAACCUGUGCAGGUGUGAAUGACUGUAUACUGGUGUGUGCAUAUAAAUAAACACCACCCCUACCUA